AUGGCUGAAAAACCUGCAUCACUUCAUGAAUACUGGUACCCAACUCAUGCCGGAGAGCAAAACCCAGCCCUUGACUCUUUGAAAAAGAGUGUGAAGAGGCAGAAACCUCUCACUCGAUUUAUCCAAGCUAUCCCAAUGGCUUUAUUACUCUUUGCGAUGUAUGCUUGGGUCACUUUUGUGCUCACGUUCUUUACAGGGGAAGAACUGUUCAGUUCUGAAAACACCAUAGGAUUUGUUUUGGCUCUAUCCACUGCUGUUGUUAUUCUUGGAGGAGUCAUUUACAAAUACGCUGUUACCCACCAUGUCUACUUGGUCGACUUUACUGUAGCUGAAUUACCUGAGGAGUAUGAAGUACCAAACUCGAACAUACAAGGCCCGCUCACACCUGCUUUUAAACCAGAAAGUGUUGAGUUUGUGGAGAAACUUGCUAAGAGAACAGGAUUAGGAGAGCACACAUACUUCCCUAAAGUAUUCCACCAAAAGGAACUCAUUCGACCAACAAUGGAAUUGUCAAGAGAAGAGGCGAUGCUCGUUGCGACAAACACAUGCGAUAAGUUGUUCGAACAAACCAAAAUAAGUCCUAAGGAUGUCGACUGUGUCAUUACCAACUGCUCAUUGUUUUGUCCAACACCAAGCAUGUCUGCGAUGAUUAUGAAUCACUACAAAAUGAGAGACACUUGCAAAAACUUCUCUCUUGGAGGUAUGGGUUGCUCCGCAGGACUGAUUUCGAUUGACUUGGCAAAAGACUUUUUAGCUUCGCAUUCAAAUAGCAAUGUUCUUGUUUUUUCAACAGAAAACAUCACACAUUCAUUGUACUAUGGAAAUGAAAGAUCGAGAUUGUUACCAUACACAUUGUUUAGACUAGGAGGUGCUGCUAUUCUUCUUUCGAAUAAAUCAUCAAUGAAAAGAAAGGCCCUGUAUGAAUUGACCAAUUUAGUCAGAGUGAACAGGUCGUCUGAUGAUGAAAGUUAUAAUGUUGUCUUUCAGUCUGAGGACGAAUGUGGAGAAAAGGGUAUUGCCCUUGGAAGACAGUUGGUUACUUGUGUCUCUAAGGCACUUGCAAAGAACUUGUCAAUCCUUUUCCCACAAGUUUUGACAUACAAAGAGUUGCUCAAAUAUGGAAUUGAUUAUAUUAAAAGAAUGACAAAUGCCGAGUAUAGAAAGAAUGCCAAGCCAUACAUUCCCGACGUCUCUGAGACGUUCCAGGGUUACUGCAUUCAUGCUGGAGGACGUGGUGUUAUUGACGGAAUUCAGAAGAAUUUUGGGCUUUCUGAUGAAGAUUGUUUGGCGUCUCGAGCGAGUUUGUACAGAUUUGGAAACACCUCUUCUGCGUCUAUUUGGUACGAGUUGAUGUUCAUCGAACGAUGCAAAUAUUUGAUGAGAGGAGACAACGUUUUGCAACUCGCCUUUGGUUCUGGGCUUAAGGUCAACUCCGCGGUGUGGCAGAAGUUGAACUGA